AUGUCUACAGUUCUUUUGUCGAUUCAACAAGCUAUUACUCGUUAUCUUUUUCCGAUCGUUGUUGCGGUUGGAAAUAGUGGUAAUCUUAUUAUUAUCAUCGUCUUUUCACAACCUGGUCGUCGCACAAACGCAUGCUCUCUCUAUCUACUUUUUGGUGCCAUUUCCAAUAUGGUCAAUGUCAAUAUAGCUAUCGUACCACUCAUAAACGCACUAUUAAAUCCACCAGAUCCUUUUUCUCAGUCUCUUGUUCUUUGUCGCGUACGAGGCUAUCUUAUUCAUAUCUCGAAUCAUUAUUUUCGUACACUUGUCGUUCUUGCAUGUAUUGAUCGAUAUGCCAUGACAAGUAUGCGUAUAUCCAUACGAAAUUGGUCAUCACUUAAAGUGGCUCGAAGAGCAAUUCCUUUGGCAUUUAUUAUCUGGCUCUUAAUAGCAAGUCACAUUCUUGUUUUCGAAGAUAUUCAAAAUGGUCGUUGUUAUGUCUACGGACUCUAUGGCACCGUGUAUAGUAUUUAUAAUAUUAUUAUCAAUAUUCUACCUGGUAGUUUGAUGUUAGUCACUGGCUUUUUAACAAUGCGUAAUAUACGCCGUAGUCGGAUGCGUAUUAAUACAACAGAGCAAAUAAUAAAUAUAGGACGACUAGUGAACAAGAAAGAACUUGAUCUACUUAAGAUUGUUAUAGUUGAAGUAUGUGUCUUUUUGAUUCUUACUACGUUAUUUCCCAUUACUUUAAUCUACUCAACAUUUACGGGUAAUAUUGUUAAGAGCGACGAUCGUGUUCGUAUCGAAACAUUUAUCAAUUUUAUUGCACAGAGUUGUCUUCUCUAUUUCACUUCAUGUUCCAACUUUUUCAUCUACACUGCAACUUCGAAAUCAUUCAGACAUGAUAUGAAGAAACUCCUAUUUAGACUUAAACGACUUAUUACUGUCCGAUCGAUGACCAUCGCUAAUUCCAUAAUGAGACUCGUAGUGCUUCGACCGCAACGCACUAUGACUCACACAUGA